GAGGCUGUGGCUCCAGCUGGAAGUCAGUCGGAGAAGAUACACUCAGUACCGGGGGGGUGGGGGAGUAGCGCUUUAGCCUUCUCUGCGUCUCUCCUGCCCCUGGAAGGCUUUGGUACAAAUCGAGGAGGAAUUUCAACGCGCUCGAGCCAAGUAAUAUCCCUGCCUAAAAAUACAGCGUGCUUCCUUUUAUGUUUUCUCUCGCAGAUGGGGUCGGCUGAAACAAGCCCUCCUCCUUCAUCCUUGCCGUAAGCGCCGCCGUACGGGGGGAUAGGGCUGAAGAGAGGCUGCCGGGGGGCCCUGAGAAGAACCGGCAAGUUCUGUUCUCUUGCCUCGGUUGAUUUAAAGAUAAAAUACCCGCGCUGCUGCCAGCUGGUACUCAAAGGCAGAGCCGGCUAUUCCGAUACAUCAGCGUGUUCCUCGGUGAAAGCAUUCAAGGAAUUAAUUGAACUUCCCGAGGAACGAAGCCUGCCUCUACAAGCCUCCUUCUGAAAAUAAUACGACUUUAAUCGGCUUGGGAGCUGGUGAGAUGAGAUGUCCCAGAGUUUUCCCAGAGGUUCCUGGGAGUUUCCAGGUCUACCAGUCAUGAAGCGAAUUCUUCUGUUCUUUAUCCUGGCUGCUGCUGUUAUGUAUGUUAUACUGCAUGGAAAUCUGUGGAGAAAUAACCUCUACUGGAUUAGCUUUUAUGGACAGACUUCCUCUGUGAGGGCUCGUCCUUCCUAUGAGACCAGUGGAGUUACCCAGCUGCCACCUACGGCUGUGGAGAGAAGUAACGUGCUGGACACUUGUCUACUGAAACCAGCAUUUGAAUCUUUACUGGGUGUUGACAAAAUAUAUCCGUUCCUGUGCGCUAAUGAUUUUAUCAGAGUGGCAGAGUUCCACGGAAGUGAUAAGUUUGAACUACCUUAUGGAAUAAAGAGAGCAGAGCAAUUUUUUCGUUUAGCCCUUUCAAGACUGCAGAACUGUGGACUUUCGAAUGAAAAUGACAGCAUUGCCUGUCGACGGUGUGUUGUGGUCGGUAAUGGAGGAGUACUUCGAAAUAAGACAUUAGGGGAGAAAAUUGACUCGUAUGAUGUGAUAAUAAGAAUGAAUAAUGGCCCUGUUAUAGGGUAUGAAGACGAUGUUGGGAGGAGAACGACUUUCCGCCUUUCUUACCCAGAAUCCAUCUUCUCAGAUCCGAUCCACUAUGACCCUAAUACGACGGUUGUUCUCAUCGUUUUCAAACCACGUGACUUGAAGUGGCUUUGGGAGAUACUAAGUGGUCAGAAAAUAAGUGCUAAAGGCUUUUGGAAGAAACCGGCUCUGAACAUGAUAUACAAAUCUAGUCAAAUUAGGAUUCUUGAUCCCAGCAUCACCAGAAAAACGGCUUAUGAAUGGCUUCAUUUCCCAACAAGGUUUCCCAGAAAGGAGAAACCCAAGCAUCCAACAACAGGGCUAAUUGCCAUUACGCUAGCAUUUCACAUAUGCCAUGAAGUUCACCUGGCAGGCUUCAAGUAUGACUUCACUGACAGAAACAGUUCUUUGCACUACUACGGCAAUGAAACAAUGUCUCAGAUGAUGCAGAAUGAAUACCACAACAUCAACGCUGAGCAGAAAUUUUUGAAGAAGCUUAUAGACAAGAACUUUGUGGUCAAUUUGACGUGAAAGCUGAAUGGAAAAUACAAUGAACAACUACUAUUUUCAAGAUUUGAAAGAUUUGUAUUUUUUGUAUGACAUUUUUUAUUUUUUAAGUGCAGCAUAACUGUUUACUGUUUAAAAGGAGCACAGAAACCUUACCAAGGCAGAAGCUUCUUCUAAGCCUGAGGCUAAUGGACUAUUGCAAACAGUUAACUGAAUUUCUGUGAAGCUAUUUAAUAACAGGAAAACCAUGAUACCUUCAGCUGAAACUAUCAGGGAUAUAUAAAAAUGCGGUGCACAUCACUUAUUUAUCAGCAAGAACUCUUUCCAAAUGAUUACUUCUCUGGAAUACUUUUGUUUCCAAUGUUGUCCUCCAAAAAAGUUACACUGUCAAGAGGCUGAGAUGACCAGUGUUUAAUUGGUGGAUGUAAAGUCUUGAAUGUCUCUGUCUUGUAGUAUGAAAGUGGCUUUAAAACAAUGCCUAUAAAUCAUUACUGUGUGUUUGGGAGAAGGGUGAACAGGCAGAGCAUACAGGUUUUGGUCUGCCAUCCUCCUGAGGAGGGGACAUCCAUCUUCAGCAAAGAAGUCACAGCUUCUGCACUGGCCAUUGACUCUGAACGGCUGUCUGCCUUUGCCAAAGGUGAAGAUCCUUUGGUUUGAUUUGUGGAGACGUUGGUGUUGACAAUGCUUGUGUUGUACCCAGUUUAUAGAAAACCAUACUCUGUGCUCUGCGUCCAAUAAAUUUUAUGGUUCGUGACUUGACUUAGAAAAGGGGGAGUAUGAAGACUGAAGAGUUGUCCUAACUACCUGCGUGUCAGCUGCUUCCCUCAGGCCACAACAGAAACAUAAGCUGGACAGAAAUGUUCACGCCUGAGUUCAAAUUUAGAGCCAACGCUUGUUGGAUUCCUAGAUCUCCAGGACAGGAUCUCAUGUAUCCUUCUGUUCGUUCCCCAAGAAUUGAGGUGUAUUUUUCCAAACCAGCACAAUCUCCUUUCUCAGAUCCUGUAACGGGUUUCCACCUUUGAAGUGCAUCAAUACGAGCAGUUAAUGUUGCCAUUUUUGGCAGCAGAGCGUGCUAGGGAAUAUCCAGGAUGUACCUCAGCUGAAUUAUCAUUUGGCUUCUGUUUACCUCUUCUGCCCUCAAUAUUAGGGCUAAAUCAUUUAGCGGUGGGAACUUACUCGGGAUUUUAAUUAUAAACGUCCCAUUAAACGUUUCGUUUCCUGUAUUGGUUUGUCUUGGACAAGCCUGCUGAAUAAGUUAAAUCUGACUGGGAAUGCUCUUGACAACUGUUGAAGACGAUCAAGUAAUAUGCCGUUCCAAUUCUCUCAUAGUGUGUGUGUAUAUAUAUGUUUGUGUUUUAAUUCUGGCAGAUUUGCUUGAAGACCUUGUGGUUAUCUUGAUCAGUCACACCUAAAGAAAGCACAAAGAAGUCCACUUUAAAAAAGUCUUUGAAGUUGGUAGAAAAACCUUUGCUGCUUUUUAAUAAAAUUGUAUAGAGGGUUUUAGUAUGUUUAGGAGCAGUGCAAAGAAUUACAAUAUGAAUACAAACCUCUAGCAGGUCAAGAGCACGUUAUUUAUGUUUUCAGAAGCUGAGGAUUACAAGGGUACUGAACAAAAGUUCUUUGCUGCAGCGAUGUAGAGGAAUAAGCAUUGAAGUGAGCGAAGAGUCAUCCUUUUCUCUUCCCUGUUUCUCUUGCAGAGUGCAAUAGGUAUUUAAAAAAAGAAACAAUCCCCUUCCAGUAGUUCUCAUCUCCCUCCUUAGCUCCUUGGCUCUGCCAUUUGGGAAUUAGUGAGGGCAGUGUGAUUUGGAGGGGGGCUACAACGGAAGGGGAAGAGGCUUGUAUUUUCAUCUCACGACUCCUGAGCUUUGGUCAUUUUCAAACAAAUUGGACAUAUCUGAAAUAACUCUAGAUGGCAUAAAAAUCUGUGGCAGGGCGCGGGGAAGGACCCAGAUGUGUCCCGGCAAGGGACAGACUGUGCCGUGGUGUCCUGCCAGCUGGAUGUCUGUCCCUUGGGCCCAGCUGCUGCAGGUGAUGCUGCUGCAAGGGGUGGCCCCUUGCCCGGCUGUGCGGAGGGGAGGGGAGCACAGGAGGUCCUGGGGCAUGGGAGCAGCUGACUGUGGUGGCAGAAAUGGAGGAAACCAGAAUUUCUUUAUCAGGUGGCAGAAGGGCUCUUAGUGAUUUGUGGUUCCUUUUUGUUUUGUUUUUUAAAUGUUAACAUUUCUGAAGCUUUGAGUUCUUUGUGUAUAAAUCUGAAUACAAACAGGUGGGCUUUUGCAUCAGAAAGCAGUGAUGCUACUGUCUUUGCCUCUACCAGCAUUUAUUUCUCAUGAUUAUUGCUGUUAAUUAAAAAGGUUUGUAUGUGACUCUGCAGCCCCAGAACUGCAGUGAUUUAGACUACUGACGAUAGCAAUUCCACAUGAAAAAAAUGCCAAGGUAAGGCUUUUUGCAAAGGUCGUGCUGUUGUCUGAGCCCUCUUUGUGUAGAAGUCCUUGGUAGAUCUCAGACUCUGUUGAGAGCGGAGCCGGGCAGGAGCGGAGGGCUGCCUCUUGCCUCUCAAAACCCAUGGUUGCUCCUAGAGCCAGGUCCCCCAGCUCUCCCACAGGCUGCCGCCACAGAUCUAGCCGCAUCCAGGUACCUUCAUGCAGUACGCUGACUGAGGGGAUUUUUUCCCAGGGGAGCUGUUGAAUUUGCCCUCUCCUGGCAGUGCCUGGUUCUCCUGGUGGUGCAGGCUGCUUCCCUCUGCUUCUCCCCGCCGUCCCCCCUGGCUGGAGGUGGGUAGGGAGCUAUGGUUCUGAGGAUGCAGUUAUUUUCUCCACUUUAUUUCCUCUCCGGAGACAUUCUUCCCACUAAUCUAAACUGAUCCAUUCUCCUGAUUUUCCUAGGAGGUUUUCUGCUUUUUUGGGGUUUUGUUCUGCUAUAGUUACAAUCCCCCAACAAUAAUUGGAAAAAAGGCUUCAUGGCAAGCAAACGGUGUCCCCCCAAGCUCUUUUACUUAAGAUAGACUCCUUUAUUAUUGUUCUUUUUACUACAUCAGCUUUUGUCUCCCUAAGGUUAUUUUUAAAAUAAUGUUUGGUAUUCUCAGUGCAUUUAAUAUGCUGUCUACAAGCAUUUAUCCUUAUUAGCUACUACUCCUUUUUAUUUCUUCUUAAUGAGCCUCCCCAUUAAUAUGGCUGACUUAUUUUUGAAAUUAAGCAGUACUCCCAGGGAUAUUUUUCCCCCACUUCUGUUCUCUUGCAGGGAUGUUGAGUCCAUGUACACCAGGGUUGCUGUCCCAGGGUGACAGUAACAUUUAGAGCCAGGCCUGUUCCUUCAGGACUGAGCCAAGAGCUGAUACUGUUGAUAAACCACAGGGUACUAGUGUGGUUUUUUCUGUUGCUGGUUUGGUUUGGUUUUUUAUCGAAAGCACAGCUUUCAGGCCAGUAGCUUUUUCCUUCAGAAAUAAGCAGUGACCCCAGUGAUUCAUUUCUCCCCCACCCCGUAAGAUGCUUUGGUAGGAUUCUGUGUAGACCAACCCUGCUUCAUCACCCGCUUCACACAGUCGUUUCCCCUACUCUGCCUUGAGGACAGGUAUCGCUUUUACACUGACUUCAUGCGGGCAAGAAUACCUCUCUGUAGUGUGUUUCUCAGUAAUGCCCACAGAUAACAGUGUCGCUUCUACCCGGGUACGCAUUUUCACAGGCAUGUUGCCAUACCAAAGACUUGCCUUGCGACUUUUUUGAAGAAAGCAAUAACACUAACUCCAAAUACUUAGAUCUUUUCUGAGCGUGAGCUGCUAUUUUCUUUUUCCGUUUUUGCCAUUCCUGAAAGUAAAAUCUCUGCACUGAAACUUUGCUUUAAAAGCUACCCAAUUUUUUUUAUCACAUCAGCUGCAGCAAAGCUGCCAGUUUUGAAUCCCAGGGUGCUGAUAGCUUAAUUUCCAUGUUUGGUAAUGGUGUAACUCUGUAGGUACCCAGUGUCUCCCACCAAUUUUCCCUCUGUUAGGAGAAGUAGGAAUUGCAGAGUGAGACAGUCUCGCCCAUUCUUCCUCUGUCCUGUUCUCCAGCAGCCUGCUGAAUUUCGAGGAGGCAACAUCUUACAGCAAAGGUGCUCCUGCAUUUUAUCCACCACCUCCUCAAAAUGCUGCACCGUCAGAAAGACCCAGCUCUAAGGUACCGAAGUACACACAAAAGAGGCAGGAUGACAGGCAUCAGCUGAAAGUUCUGUUUGGCUCAGACUUUUAGGGGCUGUGUGUGUGUGUUUGUUCAUUUUCUGUCAGGAAAGUAUUUUUUCCUCUGCUGGAAUAAUUGAGGGAAGUAUGGCGACAUGACUUACGAAGGAAGGUCACAAACUAUUGCACUAAAUAUGAAUCUGAGAGUGCCUAAAAGAUAGUAGUAAAUGACAUUUCCAGUGACUGUGUUGGUGGUGAUAAUACAGAAUCUCAACUUUGGCGUUUAAUAAUUGGUGUGUGAUACCUCGUUUCCUGUGCCACACUUUCCUUUUUAACAAUGCCUGGGGAGGUGAUAUAAAUACCUUAACUUUUAAGUGGGGCCUGAUUUUUUUAAGAACAUGUGAAUCUCAACGCCUGUUUUCGGUAUCAGUACAUACUUAUUUUAUUUGCCAUUUGUCUUAAGUUUUAGAUGUGUUUGAAGUGCCAGCUGUAUUUCGAAGACGUUCUUACAGUUAUUUCAAGUGGCAUUUUGAAUGCUACAAAUGCAGAGAGACUAUUUUCCUGUGAAUAAACUGUGUUAAAGAUGGUGCC